AUAAAUAAAAAUGGGGCAAGGCUUGCAUUGCCGACAACGACGUCGUGUAAGUGGUAGACAAACCGUACCUUAGGUCGGCAAGUCUCCCGUGGAAACUUCUACCCAGCGAUUUUAAAAUUUCGGUUGAAAACAUCCUGGUGUCCCUAACUGAAUUGGGACUUCGGGCUGGAGCAGAGAGAAGGAAAGAGGAGAAAAAACGAAUCUGAAGGCGAGAAAAAAAAUGGGUUCCAGAGAGAGGGACAGAGACCUCGAGCUCCUGAUCCCAGUAGCCGCCACCACUGACAAUGUUGCCUCCAAAUCAUCGCCCUCCUCUCCAUCCUCUUCUUCUUCCCAUCAUCACUCCGGCCGUGAGGCAUUUUCCAAAGUCAUCCGCAGCUGGGCCUCAAAGAAGUUUAUGUCUGGAUGUGUCAUUCUACUUCCUAUUGCCAUUACAUUCUAUAUCACUUGGGGUUUCUUUCAUUUUGUGGAUGGUUUCUUCUCCCCAGUUUAUAAUCAACUAGGCAUCAAUGUAUUUGGUCUUGGAUUCAUCACUUCCAUCACUUUCAUCUUCUUAGUUGGUGUUUUCAUGUCUUCCUGGUUGGGAGCUUCUCUUCUCGGCCUUGGGGAAUGGUUCAUCAAGAAAAUGCCACUUGUAAGCUAUAUAUAUUCUGCCUCAAAGCAAAUUAGUGCAGCAAUAUCACCAGGUAAAUAUAUUUAUUUAUUUAUUUAUUUUCUAGUACAACCUUGCAGAUUUCUAAACUCUGAAGCAUCCGGUAACAAUGCUACAGAUCAGAGUUCUAACGCAUUCAAGGAAGUGGCCAUCAUAAGACAUCCACGAAUCGGGGAAUAUGCAUUUGGAUUUAUCACUAACACAGUUCUUCUUCAGAGGAACACAGGUGAAGAGGAACUGUGCUGCAUUUACGUGCCUUCCAACCACCUCUAUAUUGGAGAUGUUUUUCUCAUCAGUUCAAUGGAUAUUCUUAGGCCUAAUUUGUCUGUUCGAGAAGGGAUUGGUAUAAUUUUCACACUGCAUAUCAUAUCAUCACAGGAAUAUCCUUUUCAAUUAUGAAUCUAAUGAUAACGUGGCUUUUGAUCUUUCUUGCGUUUUUGCAGAAAUUGUCAUUUCUGGAGGCAUGUCAGUACCUCAAAUUUUAACCACAAUAGAUGCACAAGCCAUUCCAGCAUCAAGAAUCGGCAAUUUGGUAGCAGCAAAAGUCUAAUGCUUGAUCAUUAAGCUUGGAACAGACCUCAAGUUAACCAGUUUGGCCAUGAAGUGAUGGAUGUGAUCAAGGAAUUUUGUUUGUUCUUUCUUUAAUCAUUUCAUCCACAUGCUCAAUGUGUAACAGGUUUACUAAGAUUCUUUGUGAACUCUUUUUUUAACAUGUUGUCAUAGCAACAUUUUAUGUUUUUGUUGUUUAAAUUUUGGCAAAUGAAAUACUCCUUCUCAACUUUCCUGUAAA